UCUUCGAAAAAAUUCAUAUACAAAUAUGAUCAUUGUACAUAGAAUUACACAUAUUUAAUUAAUUUCAUAGUCUAACAACCUCAGCAUCAAGUAGAAACUAAACACUUGAAAAGAAUAUUCUUCGUUCAUAAAAUUGUGUUUUAAUAUAAUGGGAAUUUUACAGCGAUUAAACACUUGGUGUUAAAUGAACUGUUACUCUGUUUUUUUAUUCCAUGAUUGAUAGUUAUAUUGUGAAUUGAAACAAUUUGUACUCAUAAUAGUAGUAAAUAAAACAUGUGUGUAUGUGUAAAAUGUUAACUUGUUGCAAGAAGUGAUGAUGAUCAGCUUAUUUUUCUUUAAUUCUGAGCAUUGUUUUAUUGUUGUAAAUGAAAGUAUUUGAUUUCAUAACCUGAAUUUUGAUAUUGUUUUUGGAUCAGUAAGUCAAUAACAUUCGUAAAUUUUAAGGUGUUUUAAACAGUCAUGAAAUUCUCAUUCUUUUCAAUGAAAGCUUUCAAAAAGAAUACCUGGUAAAUGUAUAAACUAAAAAUCAUUUAUCAUGCAUACCGAUUAAAUCCUGUGAAAGUAUUCAGAAUGUAAAAAUGAGAUUAUAAAUGUAGAAAAAAUGUCAAGUUUUUUUUCAGUAAACCAACACCGUUAAAAAAUCUUAUUAUUUCUACACUUUUAUUUUGACAAAUUUAUGUAUUAUAGAUGUAGGACAAAUUUUCGAAAAAUCUAAAAACUCUGUAGAAAAUGUUGGUUAUGUAAUCCAUAGACAAUCUAACAUAGUCGAGUUUUUGUCCAAGAUUCUAAGAAAUAUCCAGGUCUUAAUGAUAAACCAUGUUGAUUAGCACAUUUUUCAUUAAUUUCAAUAUUUUGGAAUUAACGAUUGUUAUCGAAGAGAUACUGAUACACCGUCUUUUUUGUAUUAGAGAAAAUGAUAAUAUGGCUUUCAUAUUAUUCAAGGUCAAUUAGACUAAACAUUUAAAACUAACAAAACACAGAAAGUUUUGCAAUGUUUGGGAACCGGUAGUGUUAGCAUUACUGAUUAUUUUCUGAAUGAACAAAUAAUUAAUAUAGAAGGGUAUUUUAGUUGGAUAGGUUUCUUGAAUACUUUGAAGUGAAUUCUUCAAGUAAUAAAUCUUCAUAGUUUAUGGUUCAUCGACAAAAGUUGAGAAUUCGAUGAAUUUAUAUCAUAAACAGUAAGGAUAUGAAUUGUCUGAUUUUUCCAUAUUUAGGACUGACUUUUGACCAGUUUUUGUUGAUACGUGUGAAUCUGGUGUGAACUACUACAAUAAAUCUGUCACGUAGCAAGAUUUUUGAAUAUAUAGAUUGUGGUGAACAGUUAAAUCCAGAGUGAUUCAAAUCAAUUUUAAUGAUAAUAUAAAUAUCAUAUGUAUUCAACAAUUUAGUGAAAACCUGAACUUAAUAGCUCAGUAGAUAACGCAUUGGAGUUUUAGUCGUAAGAUACUGGAUUCGAGUCUCGAUGUGAGCAUCAACAGUAGGAUGCACGUACAUCUAACUGGUAAGUCCCAAACAACACUAAAACACAUGCCAUCAAUAUAUUCAACAUAAAAUUUCAUUGAUAGUUAUUUACCUUGAUUUAUAUAAGAAAUCCUCUUAUGUAUUAUAUUUCUAUCCUCUUUGAUAUCGAGUUUUGAAUAAGAACUGAACAAAGGAAUCGUGAGCUUCACAAACUUAUACCGAUAAUUAUCAUGUGCACACUAGUGACUGGCCUCAAGAUAGAUCUCCUGGAGUUCUAGUGAGAAGCCGUGGCCAAUGGAGUUCAGUCGUGUCUGUUGUGAGGCAGUUACUUGCUGAAGACAGUGGUGGGUGGUCAUGCAACAUCGUGGAUUGGUUGAAGUUAGAUAUUAACACUGUUGGAUGCCGACCCACUGAUAUGGAGGCUAGGCGUUCGCAAGCGAGACCGAAGGUCCUGGGUUAGGUUCCCGCGUGCGAGAUCGCGGAUGUACACUCCUGAGUCCCAUACUAGGACGAAACGGCCGUCCAAUGCUUCCAGGUUUUCGAUAGUGACCUAACAUUCAUCCAUUCAUGAUAUCAAUCUAAAGUUAACAAUCUCCACAACCCUAUACUGAUAUGUAUAUAUGCCGAAACAUGCAGUCACUUAACGGCGAUUUAUAGGCUUUACAUGAAGUUACCUCGAACUAAUCACAUGACCAUUACGAAGUCGGUAUAAAAAAAGAGCAGUUAUUCGUUCUGUUUUAGCAUUAAAAGUCAUGGGAACGAUGUGAUACUUGCCGAAAAUCAUGGUUUGAAAUAAAUGGAGUCAAAGUAUAAGAUGAUAAUAAUGAAUUUAAUGGACAAGUGUUUCUAUCAACGGCAAUUAUUAAACAUUCAGUUUGGGGUUGUGGAGAUUGUUGAAUUGCAUUGAGAUCAUGGACCGACUACUAGAGUCCUGGAAGCACUGGUUGGCCGUUUCGUCCUAGUAUGGGAAUCCUCAAUCCUGGGUUCGAAUCCCGCAUACAGAGUCGUGGGUAAGCACUGCUAAGAAAUUUGAUCCUGCGACGAAACGGCCGUCCAGGGUUUCCAGGCUUUUGAUGGUUAAUAGUGAUAAAGCGUGUCAGAAAAAGCGUUGAAUGGUUUUCGCUAUCACAAAGUCGGAAACAGACUACUGGGUCAUGAAUCUAAAGUUUAAAGAUGUGCUUUCUCCAAGGCAUAAAAUUUCUCAGUUCGACCCUACGAAGAUUAGAGAUACGUACAACUGAUGAGUCCUAAAUUAGGACGAAAAACCUACUCCCUGGUUGUCAAGUUAUUGUUAAUCCUUGACGAAGGCUCUCUUCCGAUUUUCCAGUCAAAUGGUCUCAUUCGUCACAGGUUAUAUUUCACCAAUAUUUUUGGAUAAGUUACAAGAUCGUUUUAAGAGUCAAGGUUUGAUGUUACAUAAAUCCACCUUUACUCAUUUUGAGGAUUUCUAUUUACCAAAAAUAAAAUAAAAUAAAAGUAGAGAUUUAUAUAACACAAACGUUUCGAGCUAACUGGUGGACCAUACACUUGUUAAACGAUACAAUCCAUUCAUCAUACGCCAAUUAUCAGGAGCUCACAAGUUCUAUGAUUAGUUCUUAUUAAAAUCUUGACAUCAAAGAGGAUAUAAAUACAUACAUAUAUAAACAUUAGGGGAUUUUGUUCAUUACCUGUCUAGUAUAAACAUAUUCACCCACUUGAAUUCUAUGUAUAUUACUAAUUAUUGCAUUCACAAUCAUGAAACUAGUCAGAACGUUCCCGGCUGACAAAAAUUGUAAAUAGCUUGAUAAAACUGUCAAAAUCAUUUUAACUUUUCCGUUGUAAGAUAAGCAACCAAUAGAAUGUAGGGUAAAAUCUUAACUAAUCCGUGGUUUGCCUAAUAAAUCAUAUUAUUUUUAUAAUAAAAAGACGAGUACUCACCACCCUAUUAAAAUCUAACUGAAAAAUGUCCUUUUCAUUAUCUUAACUACAUGAUAAACUACAAAAUAAUCGCAUAAUGCAUAAAUCACAAUCAAGUGUACGAUUAUUUUCGGAAUCGACUAAGAUGUCUAGUGUUUUUCCUUAAAUGGCCUUGACUCCACCCCCUCCCCUAAUCCUAAUGGUCCAUCCUAUAGCCAAUUACACAGAUCGGAAUGUUAACUGAACUUUGUGAACUGUUAAUUGAGGCCAUUAUAGCCCUAACUAAUUUAUGCUAAAGGCCACCAAGAAGUCCAUGUGUUAUAUGUCUGUCUAGCCAAGCAGGGGUGUUUGAUAUAUUUGCACAACCUACCUAGCUGACAUGUAAGAGCGUAAUCUAACGACCAACACGCCCCCACAUUAAGGUCUUAUUUGACAUUAGUCUGGCCUGUUUGCGGUUGUUACGACAAAUAGGAGUCAGAGUUCAGGCCAUCUCUCUUUGGCUAGCCCGCAUAUCGCUGUUAAUAGAUGACUGUCUAUCUCACACUCACCUGUGUGAACUGGCUCGCAUAUCAGGGGCGGCUUAGCCUGUCACCUAAAGUUGACCUGCUCUUUUGAGGCAUUUGUAUAGUAACCAGCUUAGAGGCAGGUUAAAAUACAGUCCUUAAAUAUAUACGUGUGUACACAUAUUUUGUUGAUAUAGGCGAACUGACAUAGAUCAUGACAGUUAACAAUUUCUACUCUGAUGGAUUAAUUUUUCUUCUCAGACCAUAAAUUUUUACUGAUUUGGACUAUUAUUCAUUUAAUGAAACAUUUAAUUAUUUUCGAUAUAAAAAAAAAGUAAGCACCGAUUUUCACAAGUUGUUGACGGCGUCAGUUUUUCUAAAACUCCUACGUACUCACAAAUACAACAAAUCUACUUUAUUGCUCUGUAAACCUAUAAUACCAAUUCUAUAUCCAACGUAAUUCCAUAAUUACUGAUUAAAUUGCGCUCUGUUACCUAAAUUAUUUAUGAUCACGGAGUGUGAACUACAAGAGUAAAGGUUAUCUCCAACAAACUAAGUUGUGUAAUUAUUGAUUAUUUCCCUUGUUCACUCAUUAAUUUAUUUAUUGGAUUAAUUUUGAAACUGGCGGAGUUCACAGGUUAUAUGCUAUGUAUUUACAUUCACCAAUUACUACAAUUACUUCAACUGAUAGUAGUAGUACGUCUACCAUCACUACAAACACAAAUACCACUAGUAGUUUGACAGUGACAUCUAAUCCUAUUGACCCAUCGAAAUUGGAUAUAAUGAACACAAUGAGUAAUCCAGCAUGUUGUAUACCGUCAAAUAACAUUAUUCAACCACCUCCGAUUAUACCUAAUCAUGGAUUAACUAGUCUGCUUUCAAAUGUAGCCUCAAAUUUAUCUGCACAUCAAAAUCAUCAGAACAACUUUUUAAAACCAUCUCUAGUUCCUACUGGACGAACAUCAAAUGCUCAACUGCUACAAUUGUUAAGAAAUGUUACCUCUUCUUUACCAUCAUCUACUGUUUCACACCCAAUAUCUCCAAGGAAUACAAGAAAUACACCUGUAUUAUGUGACAAUAAUCAUACCUUGUCUGAUUCCACAUCUCAAGUACCUACAAUAUCAACAGCGUCGUCGACUACAAUUCCAGCUACGGAUUAUUUAUCUUGUAAUAAUGAUCAAACACUUACUUUGAAUUCACAGUCCAAUAGGACGUCUUUAAAUCUUUCAACUGUGAAUGGUCCCAGUCUACUACCAGAUUUUGAGACGUUACUAGCCAAUUCAAAUCCGAAUAUGAGUGAUUUUAUUUAUUGUUUAGUUCAAUCAAUUCUAUUCAGUCAUGCAAAUACUAGACAAAAAGUUAAAUCCAAGAAAGAAACACCUCCAUUGGAUUCAGCUGCCUUACUGUCUCUUCUUUCUGGGACAGGAAAUUUAGACCCUUCUAGUUGUUCCACUAGUCCAAUCACAAAUCCUUUAAAUCCUCUUAGCACUUUGUCUUCUGAAAUAGAUGGUGCCAAUUGCAAUAUUCAUUUACGUCAAGUCUUGGAGUCGUUAAUCAGUCUAUCAGUUUCUCCUGCAUUUGAUCAGUCUUCUGCCCAUAGUUUAUUGUCUAACGAUAUGCUUGACAGUGGAUCAUUAAACCAAACCUUUCAACAGUUAACUAAUUUGUCUAAUCGUAAAGCAACAACCGGAAUCCAGAAAGUGUCACCUUCUGGUCAAAUUUUAUCCAAUGAAAGUAGUAACAGUACAAAUCCUUCAGGCAAUGUUUCAUUUGAUCUUCUUGCACAACUGUCUGCUGCUGCUGCGGCUGCUGCCGUAACUCCUCCGCCUUCCAAUAUUGUGAACCAGCUUGGAAAUUUGGCUACUGAUGGAUUCAAUCCGAUCUUCCCAACUGAUGAAAAUUUAUCAUCCGCUUUGCAGAGUCUUUUGUUUAAACAAAUGUUGAAUAUUAAUACAGGAUCAAAUGCUUAUACAUCUCACCUUGGACCGGGAAGGAAUUCCAUAUCUAAUAUUUCUCAACCUGGACAAUAUACUGGUCUAAGGGAUUGUCGGUCGAUGAGCAACGAUGAAUCUAAUUGUAGUUCAGAAAAGUUGAUUCCACCAACCUAUUCACUAGCUUCAAGUUUUUUAUCUCUUCACUCUCCAAAUAGCACUAAUAACUGUAGUAAUAACAAUAAUCCUCGUAAUUCGUUUGUCCGACCAUCUUCAAGGAUAUCACCUGAACCUAUUACAUUGGCUUCUAGCCCGCCCUCUUCAUCAUCUACACCAUCUUUCAUUUGUCCCAAUCAGUCUAAUCCUCCUACUGGAGAGUUUUAUCCUCCAAAUGAAACUGUGGCAUCAUCACCUAAUUCUCUACUUUUAAAUGGCUGUACUCCUGUUGGUACAUCACCUAACACUGGUUUGAAUAUGAAUCAAACAGCUGUAAAUUUAUCGAGUGACAACCAAUCAUGGGAACCAUGUAAAGUUUGUGGCGAUAAAGCUUCAGGACGACAUUACGGCGUUGUAUCAUGUGAAGGAUGUAAAGGAUUUUUCAAACGUUCUAUUCGAGGACACGUUAGCUACGUAUGUCGCAGUGAACAAAAUUGUCUUGUAAAUAAAGCCUAUCGUAAUCGUUGCCAAUAUUGUCGGCUACAAAAAUGUUUAGCUGUUGGCAUGCGUUCAGAAGCUGUGCAAAAUGAACGUAGACCUACCAAUACAUUUGCUUUGAAUUUUUUAAACGAUAAUCCAGGUAAUUCAAAUUGUACAACUACUGGUGGCAGUAGUAAUAUGAAUAAUGGCGGUUCACCUAAUCCUAGUAUAUCUACUGCAUCUAUUACUUCUACGACGAUGACAACAACAACAACAGUAACAACAACAACCACUACUUCUGCUAAUAAUGGUAAUAAUAAUAGUCAUACUUCAACAUUUGGACCAUCAGUUCCAAACGUUCGUAAUAGUUCACCACAGUCUCAACAAAUACCAUGUAAAAUUGAACCGAACUCAGAAGAAUUGGAAGAUGAAGACCGUAAUAAUCAUUCGGAAUUUACAACACAGAAAUCUGACGAGGGCCGAUUGUCAUCUCAUAGUUCUCCAUCCGGUUCUUCCCGGUCAGUGCCAUUAACGUCGUCAGGGGCGACAACAGUGGGACUGUUAUCAUCAUCGGGGUUAACAUCAGGAGUCAUUGGAUCAAAGCAUUUAGAUGAUAAUCACUUCACAGGAAUCAGUAAAAACUCUGCUUUAAGUGAUAUUUCGUCUUCAUCAUCGUCAUCUUCCUAUUCAGCUACAGUAGCCGAUGUUGAAAUCAAUGAUCCCAAUAAUGCAUCCUACUUACAACACGAUAUUAAGCCUCCUGUAAUACAAACUUCAUUAGGAUUAAAAUUUACACCAGGUUUGUGUAGCUCACCCCAAGCUACAUCACAUUCCCUUCAGCAACCUCCUGCUGUUUGUUUAUCCACUUCAGCGUCAUCUUUCGCUCGUCAACGUUCAUUAACUUCAGUGAGUAGUAGUAGUAGUAGUAGUAGUAGUAGUAGUGUUAAUAACAAUAGUACAGCUUAUGCUAGUGCAUUACCCUCAUACAGUAAUGUGUUAGAGGGUUGUCAUACAACUAGUCAUCUGGAUCCAGACUGUGGAAUCGCCAAUUUCAGCCGUUGUAUGAAUCGAAACACUCUUCUUAGUUCACAGCUUUUCGAUAUACCUGACAAUAAGAGAGGUGCAACACAAGAAUCUUAUUCUCGGAGAACGGCUUCUUUCUCAAACACACCAAGUUCGUCUUCAACAUCUGUGUCAAAUCAUCAGGAUCCUUUGCCACUUUUUGAUGAUACGGGUGGAUUAAAUUUGAAUGAAUUAACUAAGUUAGCUUUGAAUAAUAUAAAUUCCUUGCAAUCAUCGUCAUCAUCAAAUCAACAAGGACGUAGUUUAGCCGCGUUAUACACUUACUGGUUAGCUGCCGCAGCAGCAGCUGGAUCUUUAAAUCCUUUACAUCAUCGGCACAAUGAAAAUCAUAAUCAUCACCACCAACAACAGAAUCACUCGGUGCAUUUGUCCACUUCAAAUCAAAAUUUCAAUCCACUUGAUAUGAAAACUUCACUAUCAUCAUUGAAAACAGCACAAUCUUCAACUGUGACCACUACAUCAGCAAUAAUUGGCUCAAAUCAAAAUUCUACAUCACAAUUUAGUAUGAAAACAAAUCCAAAUAGUUUAUUUGGACAACAUUGUAAUUUAGAAAAUCAGCUACUUAUUAAUGGUUUAAAUCAUUCGUCUAAAUCAUCAUUAUUAUCUAGUGCAAGCAAUCAUUCAGAUGCUUUAAAUGUGUUGAUGUCGAUUAUGUUAAAUUCAUCGGAUCAUGUUGGACUGAAUAAUUUCAAUGCUUUGACGGAUGCAGUUAAUUCAACCACAGCACAUUUACAAAAAGCACCAAUCAAUCAUCAUUCUCACCAGCAACAUCCCUUUAUGCUUCAACAUCAUUCUCAUCAGCAUCAAUUACAGAUGGGUUCUUCAAAUUCUCACCACUCAUCCACUUCACCGAAUACACUUGAAAUACCUAUUCCUUCCAGUUCAUCUUCAUGCUUAUCAGCUUCGCUAUUUGGUCUCAAUAACACCAUAUCAACUAUGAAUAAUAAUAAUAAUACCAAUACUAUUGGUAAUGAUAAUAAUGUUACGAUGCAUUCUGCUGCUAACAAUAAUUCGCCAUUCAUACCAGCACCUCCACCAAUCAAGUCAACAAAUUUAAUACAACUAUUGUGCAAACGUACUUCAAAUAGUCAGACAAGUACUUUAACGGAUACUGACGAUAAAUCUAAGAGUGGUUCUUGCAGUAGUAUGGUUGCUACUACUACUAAUGUUAGAGGAAGACGAAGUAGUAAUAGUAGCACUGCUAACAAUAUGGAAGAGAAUACACACGAGUCUGGUGAACUAAUCAAUAGUUAUCGAGAUGUAAACGGUCAUUUACUACCGAAAAAGUUUGAGCUUACUUCAUCAUCAGAUGUAACAGCAUUAAGAUCAGAAAAUGAAUUAUUAAAUCCAUCUCCGAAGAAAGAGGAAACCAAUUGGUCAAGAAGUCGUAAACGUAAAAUGCAUUACUCGUUUCCUUCCGAUGUUAAUAAUAAUAAUAAUGCCAGAUCAAUCCGUCGACGAACACAAAGUAGUAAUUCAUUGCAACCUGACACAAAUAAUCCUAUUGGAUUAACUGAUACACGAGAAACAUGUGAAGAUGAUGAUGAAAGUCGACUAAUGGAAUGUGUUUCUGAAUGUACUAAAUCUUCAGAUGAUUCUAGACCUAAUAGUCCUUUGGUUGGGCCAGUUUUAUUGAAUUCAAUGUUUGAUUUAAAUGCACAUGUUUUCAAAGCGUAUCAAGAUAAUAAUAAUAACAAUCGAUCUCUUAGUAUAUCAAGUGAACUAGCUUCACGAGUUCUAUUUCUUACUGUGGAUUGGUUACGUCGUUUCGAUGGCUUGAAGCGUCUACCAAUUGGAGUUCAACGUGAUUUAGUGGCUAUUUCCUGGUCUGACCUUUUUGUGCUUGGAUUAUGUCAAGCAGCUGACCAAAUUAAUCGUUCUCAGAAUCAUAGGCCAAAUCAAGAAUCAAACGACUCGCAACCAACAAAUAGCUUAUGUGCACAAAACGACAUUAAUUCUACAAGAGUUAACCAAAUCUCAGGAGAACAACAAACAAAUUCUCCUUGCAGUAUUGCACCAACUAAUUCAUUUAAAUCCAAUAAUUUUGAUUCAUCAUCAUCUUCACAUAUUUCAUCUAUCAAAGAACCAAUGGAUACUUCGUACUUAAAGACAAAUUCAUCAUCUUCGGCUGUGAUAGAACUAGUGGAACAGCUGAUGAAACAAUUCUCAGGAGCUGAAGUUGACACACAUGAAUAUACUUAUCUUAGAUGUAUGGUUAUACUUAGCUCCGGUCGUUUAUGCAUUAAUGCAAGAGAUGCCAGUUUAGCUAAACAAAUUACUGAAAUGGAAUCACGUGUAUUAAGCGAAUUUUCUGAAUUCUUGUCUACACGUGCAGCAUCCUCUACAACUACUGGUACUGGUUCUCUUUCAUCGAAAAGAACAAAACCUAUUAUUAAAAGAGUUCUUAUAUUGACACAAUUAUUAUCUACACUGCGCUACUUAGAUCCAAAAGAUUUAGAAGAAGCAUUUUUCUCAAAUUUACUUGGUUCUGUAUCGAUUGCUCAGAUCCUCCCAUACUUACUGGAAUCAAAUGACCUAUUUACUCAAAGUCAAUUAGUAAUGAAUUCAUGCCUGCCGGAUAAUUCUCUGGAUUAUAAGCCCGGUUUAAAUCAUGUCAAACCUCCUAACAAACAAGCUUCGAGGUCUGGUUUGGAAGAUAGUGUGACAAAUUUUACCGGGGAUCCUCUCCCUAACAUGACGGAGAAAACUGAUAAUCCUUCCUCUUCGUUGUUUAUCCGCCCCGACCAGACGUCUCCACAGAGCAGAUCAGCUUCUUGUGAGAUCACAGUCACAAACAUUGAACUAAACAAUCAAAACACAGAACCAGUAAAUAGUAUAUCAUUUGCGAACGACGAAACUAAUGACUUAGCCUAGGAAUCAAUGUUAGGAUACAUAAUAUUUAAUCAUAGAUGAAAUAGUUUCCCUCCUAUAACGUCUUUCUUAUCAAACCGCAUCAAAUUUGAAAGGACUGAGAAGAUAAAGCGCCUUCUUGCUUUCAGCGCCAUUCCGUUCAAAAGAUUACUGCUUAUUAAGUUCUAUGCUGAAAACAAAUAUUUGAAGUGGUUUUACAUGACAUAAAAAUAGAUAAUUAUAAUACUUAACAAAAUAUGCACUAGCUAUUAUUUGUGCCGGUAUAAAAAGGGUGGUUUCAACGUUUAUCUUCUUCUCAAGAUCUUUUCAUUCAGUAAUUAUAAAAAAGACGAAAUUUGUACAUUUUUCUAAAUUCUUUACUUACAGACAGAAUGAGGGUUGUAGUUACUAAUUUACACUUUCCAAUUUAUACACAUUAUACAUUCAGUCUUUAAUGAUAUACAGCUACCUCAUCUCUCUGUACACCAGGUUUAAUACGUAUUCGUUAUUCUUGUUUCGUGUUGUUGAUGAUGCAAAACAUACAAAUUAGAAGAUCCUCUUAAUCAUUCCUAUAAUUUACCCAUAUAUAUAUACUCACCUAUAAAUAUGUAUACAUGAGCCUACUUUUUACAGCUUUUAAUUUUUUGUCCCGUUUAAUGAUUUCAGAUUAUUUAUAUCGUAAACAAAAAUUAUAAAUUUGGCAAACUUUUUUAUUAUCUAUACAUUUGUUGUCUUGCUUAAAUAAUUUUACUAUCUACUGAUAAUGAUUUAAACUGUUAUGAUUUCAAACUACUGAUAUGAUUUCUAUUCACUCGACUAUUGUGUACUAAUUGAACAUUGAGAGUAAAGACAAUAAUGAUAAUUGUUACUGACGGACGAAGAGCGCCAUCUCUUGAUUUUGUGAUUUGAAUCUAACUCAACUAAUUUAUUUAUGAGUGAACAAAUAUUACAUAAAUACACUAAUGAGUGGAUCAGGAACUCGGGGUACUCUUAUACUUCGGUUGCUUUCACCUUUUACUAUUUUCUUUGCCUACAAAAAUCCAUAAUGUAUUUAACUAAUGUUGUGUGAUAUCUUGAAUAUGGAAUUAACAUCUUACUUCUCUUCCUAUCUUGUUUUUGUUUUGUGCCUGUACUCUAAAUGUAGAUGUGUUAAUAACCGUGAUUUAAAUAUUAAAAUAAUAUUGUAAGUUUA